UUGUGUGAUGUGCGGGCGCGCAGGUCUAUAGUGACGCCCAGGAUGUCUCCAGCAGCUUCGUUUGGUGAACGAUGGGCUCGCGAUAACCUGACUAGAGAAGUCACUCCUGAAGAAAUUUCUAACUUGGACCUUUUUCCUAUUACCUGUAAAGGAGAUGAGGUAGAAGCCGGUAAGAGAGCCAGGAAAUAUUACACGGCAAGAGGCCCUGGUGGUCUAACCAAUCUUUGGCAUAAAAGACACCCAGAUGAUGAAGAUAUCCUAUCUAGCUGUCAAGAUGUAUACAUAGUACCUUUGCGCAAUCGCAGUGUUAACGGCAAACGCAUUACAAUCGUGCGUCUCCCAGCGCCCACAGCAUUGCACCGGCCUUUGUCUGCAAGAGCCUUGCUGGCAAGGUGGCUUAUGAUAUUAGAUAUAAGAUUACGUGAAGACCCAACGCCUGGAGAAGAGAUUGUGUUUAUUGACGUCUCAGAUUUACAACCUUCACAUAUCAAAAAUCAUUUCCGAGGCUCGCAUUGGAAGGAUUUCAUUUGGUGUAUAAAGUCGGCUUAUCCCAUCCGAUUUACCGAAAUACACGUAAUUAAUACACAUCGUCUGAAGACCAUGUCGCUUCUACUUCUACACAUUGGACUGUACCAAUGGCGACGAAAAUUUGUCCACGUUCAUGGAGACACUGGACAUAUCAACGAAGUGAUGGGAGUGGAUUUCUUCCCUAUUGAAGCUCUACCACACGAAUAUGGUGGUAAGGUGGGAGCUAUGAAAGAUUUGAAUGAUGAAUGGACUAAAAAACUCUUGCUCAAUUCAAGAUGGCUGCAACAAGAAGAACGUAAAUUCUACGAAACAGAACUAAAACCGGAAGUUAAGCACUGUACACGUCACAAAAAUGUCCGGAACUUGAAAAGAAAUGCGUCAUACGAUAUGUUGACACGCACACUUUCGUGCAGAUCAUUAUAUAGACAGAACGACUUGGAUGAAGAAAUACACGGCGAUUACAGGACUUUAAAAGUGUCAGAUAGACAUUUUUAUGUGUGAUGUUAAUUUCUUCUACUGCCUUAACCCCUUUGCACCUAAACAAUGCAAGAUCUCAAAAUAUAUUGACUUUUUUUUGUUGUAUAGUUUGAAAAAAAUACUUAAUGUUAAAUUAGCCGUGUUAAAUUUUUGUACAUUUAAAGCCAACAUUAACUUGAUUAGUUCAUAAAUAAUAGAUUUAUGGAUCAACGAAAGUGUCUAAUUACAGCGAAGUUAAAUACCUUAUAGAGAAUAUUAAAUAGCAUUUCAAUAUUAUUUUAAGCAUUUGUUCUCCUAUAAUGCUCAUCUUGUUUGACGUACUUUAUAAUUUUUAUUUUAAGUUCCUGACAAUGUAUUUUUUACUUUAAAAUAAUAAAUAUUUGUACAUUAAAA